CUGCGAGAGCUCCGAGUCACCCUCAACGGCUCGCACGAGGAACACGCCCUGCUUGAUGAAGGAUCAGAAAUUGUAGUCAUCCGCCAAGACAUCUGGCAGAAGCUCGGCCUGCCCGCUAACAAGGAACGCACUAUGAUUAUGCAGACCGCGAACGGCACGACUCAGGAAAUGGCAGGGUGCGCAGAGAUGCUCGAAAUCGACGUCGGAGGCAUCAAGACAUGGGCGCAUGCAUACGUCGUCCCUGACAGUCCAUAUCGCUUACUUCUAGGCCGCCCGUGGCAGCGUCUGGUUCGCCUCUCGAAAGAAGAAACACACGAAGGUGUCUAUGUCACUAUACACGACCCA